UUCAAGAUGGUGGCGAAGUAAGCUCGAAGUUGACAAUUUGUAAUAAUUAUUUCUGGUUAUAGAUCGUAAACAAAGACAAUGUUGUGCUAACUACAUCAUAGAGUAGUUGGUACCAGCAGAAAAAAGACAAGUAAGAGUUGAUGACUAGAAAUCAGACCGUGCCACAGUUUUACGUGUAGUCACCAAGAAUAGGUUUUGGUGACGAAAGAUGGUGGUGCAAUGCGGGGGAGGGACCGACACAUAAGCGAUAGUGAUUCUAAGAUUUAUUUACAGUUCGAUAAGGAAGGGACAGAUAUUAAACCACAUCGAUUCGACUGCUCUCUGGGUCGAAUUCUUUAGGAAGUCUUUGGUACGUUAGAUUAAUGGCGUCUAAAGCAAAGUCGUCCACGGUGUCGCUUUUUGACCAAGAACCAAUAAGUGAUUUGUUACGAAAUGUUCGCAUUGUCGGCAAAGAUCUCAGAAGUGGAGUCAGCGAUGAGAAACAAGAGCAAGUGGUUGAAAAGAAGCAUGAUAGCAAAAAUGAGUUAUGUGCUGGAGAGAAACUUGGAAUGAGAUGUUCUGUGUGCCGAGUUGCUUUUGACUCUGUUGAAUUUCAGAGAGAGCAUUUCAAGUUAGAUUGGCAUAGAUUUAACUUGAAACAGAAACUUCUGGACAAGCCUAUUCUGUCAGAGGAGGCAUUUGAGGAAACUAUUUCUGGUGAAGUAUCAAGUAUUUCUGGUUCUGACAGUGAUACAGACAAUGAUGGUGGUGACCUGAUGUUAGAGUCAAGUCAGCACAGCAAACUUUCCUUGAAUGGUCUCCUGCCUUUUAACACUCCUGGAUGGAGGGAGAACAUCCCAACCACUCCAGAAGAAACAUUGUCAAUAUUCACAAGUUUAACAAAGGAAUGCUACUGGGUUGUGUUGAUGACUGCUGGUGGACAUUUUGCUGGAGCGGUUUUUAAAGGAAAGGAGGUUUUGACCCACAAAACGUUCCAUAGAUACACAGUCAGAGCAAAACGAGGAACAGCCCAGAGUGCCAGAGACUCACAGCAAGGCGGGAAGCAACCAAAGUCUGCAGGGGCUAGUUUAAGGAGGCAUAACGAAGCUGCCCUCUUACAGGAGGUUCAGGAUCUCCUCGAGGCGUGGUCACAGCACGUGGAAAAGUGCCACCGCAUUUUCAUUCGAACACCAACUUAUAACAAAGCGAUGUUCUUCGGAGGAAGGAAACCACCUUUCAAGAAAGAUGAUGCGCGUAUCAGAACGAUCCCGUUCGUAACUAGAAGACCGACAUUUAACGAAGUGAAGCGAGUUCAUCAGGAGUUAUCCACUGUGCAGUUAUUAGGGAAGGACAGUGAUGCAGACCUUCAAGACGUUCUGAAGAAUUUGACUCUUGAUAAACCAAAAGAAAAAUUGCCAGAGGUUAAUGGCGAUGAUAAAAUUCGUUCUUGGCAAGCGAGUCAAAUGGUCGUCAGCAACGAUGAAGUAACAAUUGAUCCACAGGAAAGAAUCAUUUUACCUGAACACAGUGAUAAAGGUCCGCCUGGUUUAGGUUCCACGACCAAACUCCAAGAAGCUUCUAAGAAAACAAAAAAGAAGAAAGCAAAGGUUAUCAAGAAGGAGUCUAUUGAUGGGCUUCAAAAUGCAGAAGUUUCUCCAAGGCAACGCUUAUGGAAUCGGCUUUACUGUGCUAUUGUGUCUGCAAACAUAGGAGUGAUUUCUUUAAUUCUUGAUAUGAGCACCCGAGGUGACAUAGAAGGUUGUAUAAACACUGAGUCAACUAGCGUACUUCAGGAGACAGACGAGCGUAUGGACAAAACUGCCAAGUCUGGUGUGUCACAAUUUGAAAAUAACGAUUCAGUAUCACAAGGGGAUGAAGAAAUUAAGACUCGUGAAAGACACAGGUGUGAUCUAUAUGUGCACACCGGUGAUGAUUUGAAAAAUGAUUCAAAUAUUAACGGUGUAAAAUGCACGGAAGCUGAUGUAAACGAGGAUUUGGCAAGUUCAGGGAUCAAUAGCGAACGUGAAGGUUCUCCAUCGAGGAACGGAGAAAUGUCGUCUGCGAGGAUUUCGGAUGUUAUCAAUGAACAGUUUGGCGAAGGAGGUGACACGCUUCUUCACGUAGCAGCACGCUCAUCGCGAACGGAAAUCGUGCUGCGGUUGCUGGAGUGUGGUGCUGAUCCUGCUGUGAAGGAUGAAAAGGGGAGAACUUCAUACGCUGUCGCCGGCAACAAAGACACUCGGAAUGAAUUCCGUCGGUUUAUGGCUAGCUAUCCAGAUCGUUAUGACUAUGUCAAAGCACAGAUCCCAAGUGCACUUACACCAGAAAUGGAAAAUGAAAAGGAGAAACGAAAUGCAGAAAGAAAGAAAGCGCAGAAAAAGGCACAAAAACAAAGGGCCAAGGAACAAAAGGCUAUUGAGCGGAUGAAGGAAGAGGAAGAAAAAGAAAAGAGAGCGUAUCAAGCUUUGAGUGACCGAGAAAAGCGGGCCCUCGCUGCUGAGAAAAGAUUCGCUCAACAACAGGCAGCCAAACAAGCCGGAAUAACCAGCAGCUGUGCGUGGUGUAGUAAAAGCCUGGUGGGUCAGGUUCCCUUUGAGCGCCUCGCGUAUAAGUACUGCAACACAGCGUGUGUGAAGAAUCACAGAUUGGACAUGGAAUCAGAACAAAGAUAGCAGGGCGUAGGCAGCGAAUGAGCCUUACUUAUUCCAAAAAAAUUCUGUGACCUGAAAAUAACCUUCUGUCAUUAUUGAUGUAUAAUUCUCGAAAGAGUUUCACAGUGAGGAACAAGAGUGUUUGAAAACGAAAAUCAAGUCUCUAAGUUGGCUCUCCCUCCCCCUUCCCCCCCCCCUCCCCGAGGUA